AUGUUUUAUGACGCGUACAAGGCCAAGACGACAUCGAAGCGACGGCAGCACGUAGAGAGACAUCAGUUGUGCUUCAAUUGUCUCGGGAAGCACAAAAUGAGUGACUGCUCGUCGAAGAAGACGUGCUCGAUUGUCGGCAGUGCUUUUCGCGACGGCCCGCAUCUGCGUGGCCGACAAGGCGUUCUUCACACCGCUCGAGCCCUCAUCGAUCAAGGAUCCGAAGUAUCAAUCAUCGCCGAGUCAUUGGUCCAGCGACUGCAAUUGGCCCGAACUCCUGCCUCGACAUCCACUGUCGCCAUUGGCGGUCAACCUACGGGCGCACGGGGCCGAGUCGAGCUCGCGCUCACGCCGCUGCACGACGGUCCGCCGCUGCGGGUUUCGGCGCUCAUCCUCAGACAGCUGACGCUUUACAAUGGUGGCAUCCGAGUGAGUCGCAACACAUGGCCGCACAUCGACGGCAUCGAACUCGCCGACCCGGACUUCUUCGCAGCCGAUCCGGUAAAACUUCUCCUCGGUGCGAAUGUGUGCGCAGCUAUCUUGCAACCCGGUCUUCGGCGCGGAGGACAUCGGCAACCUGUGGCCCAGAGGACAACGCUGGGUUGGAUUUUGUCGGGUUCCGUCGGCAUUUCAGCCGCAACCCGGUCCGCCCAAACUCACCACUGCUGCAGCGACGACGACCUUCACGGCUUGGUGCAGGAAUUCUGGCGACAGGAGGAGGUUGUGGUCAAGACUAUUCCACCCACCACGGACGAGCAGGAAGCUGAGGACCACUUCGUCCGAACACAUUCGCGAGACGACAGCGGCCGCUUUGUCGUGCGUCUGCCUCUCAGGCUGCCGCUCCCAGACAUCGCGGGAACGAAGUGCACCGCAGCCCGUCUGCUCGGGCACAUGGAGCGCAAGUUCGCCCGAGACGAUCAGCUGAAGCAGCUGUAUACCGACCUCAUGCAAGAGUAUGAAGUCCUGGGGCACAUGUCCCCUGCCCAGCCUGCCGGCGCUGCAGGACUAGCCGUCUGCUACCUGCCUCACCACGGCGUGAUGCGCAAGGGGAGCUCGGCCAAGAUUCGAGUCGUCUUUAAUGGCUCGUCUACGGUUCCUUCAGGAUCCAGCUUUAAUAGGUAUCUCAAGGUGGGCCCCAAUCAGUUGCCCGCCUUGGAAGACGUUUUGCUGCGGUGGCGAGUCCAUCGCUUCGUGCUGACGAGCGACAUCGAGAAGAUGUAUCGCCAGAUUCUCGUCGCUCCGGAGGAUCGACAUCUUCAGAGAAUUCUGUGGCGCUACGAGGACCAGACUGCUCCGCAGACCUUCGAGCUCAACACCGUGACGUACGGACUAGCCUGCGCUCCGUUCCUGGCGGUGCGCUCUCUGCGACAACUCACCGACGACGAGGAAGCCCACUUCCCCCAUGGAUCAGCGGCGCUGCGCCGAGAUGUCUACGUGGACGACAUCCUCACGGGCGCACCCUCCAUCGAGGAAGCCAUGGACUUCGGCCUUGCCGAAUGA